AUGUCUCCCCCAGAGCUGCUGACGGUGGGGAUCUCAGUGUGGCGUCCUCAUGGGACCUACCUCUUGGACACCCUGCGGUCCCUGUUCCAAGCUUCCUCGGAACCUGAGCUGAAGUACCUCGUGGUGCUGCUCCACCUGGCAGAUCCUGACCCUAAGUGGCUCGGCCAGACGGUUGCCAAUAUUUCGGGCCUCUUCGCACCACAAAUUGAGGCUGGGAACCUGCUCGUGGCCCUGGGUCUCCUCAGUGGCUCUCCCCUCCCGGGAGAUCUGAAGAACAUGAGUCACUCCUCACCCUGCGAAGGGCUUUAUUCCAGGCAGAAAGCAGGUUAUGCCCUGCUCAUGCACUUGGCAAGCACGCUCUCUGAUUACUUUCUGUUGAUGGAAGAUAAUGUUCGCUGCACCCCCAAAUUCGUGACUGCCAUCUAUUCGGCAUUAUCAGCCUGGAAGGAACUGCCUUGGGCGAUGCUGGAGUUCUCCAGCCUGAGGUUCUCUGGGAAGGUUUUCCACACGAGCGACCUCUCCCACCUCGCCUCUUUCUUGCUCCUCUUCCAGAACACUCCUACUGACUUGCUUCUAUCAAGUUUUGGUUUACUCUUAGGCCAAACAGUUCCAGUUAGCCUUGCUCCCAAUCUCUUUCACUCUUGGAACAAUUUCUCUACUUCUGAGGACAAAUGUUAUGAAGAGGCAAAAGAAGAGGAAGGGAAAGAGAAUCUUGGUGAACCUGACAACCCUCCUGCCGAGAUCUACACUAACAUGAUGGUGAGAAGCCAUCAUCUCCCGGAACAUGCUUAUUCUCAAAAUGAAAGUCACUUCCAGACUCACCUUUCCCCUCCAGGCAGCACAUAUACUUUGGUUUUGAAUCAGUCUCACAGUGUGACCCAGAUACAGGUGCUGACAGGCCUUGGAAAGCAGGGGAUAUAUCACCUGCAACAUGGACAGGUGGAACUGGGCUAUGAGCCUCUUCUGGAGAAAAAAGUCUGUGCCCGCUAUAUGCUGCUGGGACCACUGGUAAAGGGGGAACUCCAUCAGAAGGUGUAUUACGAGGAAGACUUUGUGGAGGCAGUGAGAUGUGUUCGACUGCUUGUGACAGACUAUCAGGAGUCUAGUGUUUGUAUUAGACAGAUCAAUAUCUGGGUUAAGCCUGAGAAAGGGUAG